AACCGGCCCAUGUGACUUCUGGUCGCCCGGGUUUCAAUUUCCGCACCCUUGCCUGUUGAUGUCGUUCCGGCCGGCGGCGUCCGUGCGCGGUGCGGUCCCGUCCCGUCCCGUCCCGGUCCCGGCGGCAGGAGCGCCGGGGGGGGGUCCCGCGGCCGGGAUGGCGCCGUCGCCCGCGAUCCUCGGCCCGAUGUGGGCCGUCCUGCUGGCUGGGGUGACCGGCGCCUCGCCUUACCGACCGGAGCACGGCCAUUGUCGGCCCGAAUCGGAAUACUUCGUCGGGAGUCUGGGGAUCUGCUGCACCAAGUGCCCCCCAGGUUUCUUCGCCCAGCGCUUGUGUACGGCGACCGAUGACACAGUCUGCGUUGCGUGCGCGGAGGGGGAGUACACCGAACUGUGGAACUACGUCCGCGAGUGCCACGUCUGUCCCACCUGCGACCCGCGGCGCGAUAUGGUCGUGGCGGUCAACUGCUCGGGCAGCUUGCGGACGCGCUGUCAGUGUCGCCCGGGAUACCACUGCGCGGGAGGCCUCGAGUGUACGGACUGCGAGGCCCACUCCCUCUGCGGGCCGGGCCGACAGAUGACCCAGCCAGGAACGUCUUUGCGAGAUACUCAAUGUGGGAAAUGCCCUCCGGGGACAUUUAAACCUGCCUCUUCGCUGGAGCCCUGUCAGAAUCACACCAAAUGCAGGGCGCAAGGUUUGUUGGAAAUCGCCCCGGGGACCGACGUUUCAGAUGCAGAGUGCGGGCCGACUCCCACGAACUCGCCACUCAGCGUCGCACCGGUGACCCCCAAAAAAUCGGAACAGCUGGAGAUGGACGGACGGAGCAUCCUUAUCCCGGUGUUGAUCGUGUCUACGCUCUCCCUCUGUUCGUUUAUCAUCCUUCUGCUGCUUGGGUUCAGGCGGAGGUUUGUCGCAGGGAGGGCAGAGAAGAUUCAGUCGCCGGCAGACGCGGACCAGACGAGCAUGGAGUCGGAUCGCCCGCUGCUGGGCGGGGCAGACGCUCUCCACGAGCCCCGCAGACGGGUGGACGGCGGGCUCCAGCAGCAGGCCGCCGGACAGCGGGAGAGCCAGCAGACGCAGAGGCAGACGGCGGCUGAGGCCAAGCCCGGGGGUGACGGCGCGUCGGCGGGAUGUCCCGCCCAGGCGGGGUCCUCUCCCCCUCUGCAGGGGCAGGCCAGGGGCUUGCUGGGCCUGAAAGCCUGCCACGUGAACACUCUCAACUCCAACCUGACGGUGCACGGACCCCUCUACAUCUACAACGGGGACCCGGCCCCCGCACCGGCUAGUCCCGCGGGGUCGGACCGUGCGCCGCGCCGGGAGACUGGGGCCAGCGCGCCGCUGGGAGGGGUGCCCGUGUCGGCCUCCCCCGAGCAGGAGACGGGCGAGGAUCCCGUCCAGGACUGUAGGACUGCCCGUCCGGGACACCCGUUUGUGGGGGUGACCGAGCCCCAGCAGGAGGUCGGGGAGGGACGGAGUCGGCCCCCCGCAGACCACGGGGGAUCUCCUCCCGCACCGACUCUCCCUCACCCACUGAAUCCCCUCCUACAGAUGCUUCCCCCCAUCACCGACUAUCUCCCCCACCCACAGAAUCCCCUUUCAUAGCCCGCUAACACUCCUCCCGUCACCCUCUCUCCCUGCACCCACCAAAUCCCCUCCCCCAGUCCACAGACACUCCCCCGUCACCCUCCACCCUCCGAAUCCCCUCCCCCACAGCCCACAGACACUCCCCCGUCACCCUUUCUCCCUGCACCCACCAAAUCCC